AUGCACCUCAGCUACCAGGUACUUGCCGUCCAUGCCUUAUCCAGCAGUUGGUUCAUGUACCUCAAUAUCCAUCUGCCAUCAAUGUUAUACACAAUACGACAAUUAAUUCAACCAUUAAUCAACGCCUCCUGUUGUUCCCUACACACGCAGUACACUUUCUACUCCUUACACAAUGCAAGCAAACUGCUUCCCAUCCCACGCCUUGUUAGUCACAAACAGAAAGUUACCUACAACUGCCCGACGGAAUCCUUCCUGCAACGGACCGCUGCUUCUCUUUGUCCUCGUCUCGUCUGUUCCUCCUUCCUCGCCCGCUACGCAACUUCUAGCAUGGUGAGGCAGCGCCAACCAGCCGCCAUGUUCCACUUCUAUUCCGCUUCUCAUCCUCCUCUCCCGUCUUCUCUACUCCAGAUACCAGAUACACAUGCAAUGGAAGUAUCCGUACACAUACAGAACACUCCUCCAUUCAAGCCUCAAUGCUUCUUUGUUGCUUCCAUGGCCGCCCCUCCUUUUCAAACAACCCAAAACAGGCCAGCUCUGAUCCGAACCGAUGCUACACUGCUCAGUGCUCACAGAGUACUGUACUCUCGCCACUGCCACCAGCCCACCGGUGCCAGCCCCCCUGCCACUUCACAAAGAGGCUAUUCCAGAAACCAACCGAGCCAACGUAAACGUAGGCUUGGGAAAUCCGGGCUGCCGUGGUCAGCACCAAACCCCCCCGUCUCGCACCCGAAGACUGCCUACGGAUACGGUACGCUAUCACGACUACUUACUUUUUGCUUUCCUCCUCAAAUACCAACCUCUGGUGUUCUCGGCCGGGCCUGUAAUGACAGGAAAAAAGGUCACAGGCCGCCUCGUGGCCCUUCUCACCACACUUGCCAACAUGAACCUGGUCUCACUCGAACCACCUUUGCUUCCAAAACCACCUCCCUGACCCUGCCUAAUUCUCGCGUGGUUGCUUGCCGAUGGCCAUGGAGCAGAUGGUACGUGUAUCCGAAGGGGGCCGCCGCGCGACGCAGACAACAACAAGCAGCAGCCCACAACAACUCCCAGCGCUUUCAAAGAGCUGACGGAAGACUAUCUUUUGCAGGGGCCAUGCCUGAGCUGAGAAGCGCCCCCUCACUCUCGGAGAGAAACCCAGGCGUAUCGAUCUCCGGAAGCGCCGCAGCACUCGCUUGCUUGCUGUUACUCGCCAUCUUUUUAAUUCAGGCUCAGUACACAUACAUUUACGCCCAAACCAUCAAAACCGCAUGGCGGCGACAUCCCGUCUACACUUUAUCUCGUGUUGCCGACCACGUUUGCACGGCGUCAAGCCACGCUCGCUUCACUUCUGACACCUGCAGCAACUCUGCCUGUUUCUGUCUCUCAUCUCGAGAUUCAAUGCCUACUGACGUCGCCAAGUUUGCCCUUGCCUCGUGUUACUGUCGUUGGCCGUCGUCCAUUCAGCCCAUGGGCACCAGCAUGCCGCCAUCUGCCGUUGACUUGCCUCAUCUCAAGACAUACAAUGCCAUCUUGGACCGCUACACCUUGGAAGAGGUUUCAACGGAAAAAGGCACGCAGGCGCGCAAGACCGUCCAGAUGGUCUGUUCCCUGCCCGCAGGCGUACACAGGCCUCAGGCCAUGGGGUGGAGGAGGGACCUUGAAGCAAGUGAUAGGAGACUUGUAAACACCGGCAUCCCAAGUCUAUCUUACCGCGAACCGUUUCCUAUCAAGUCGACCAAGGAAGACCCUUUGAUCUCGCAGAGACCGGCUCGAUUUUUAGCAGCUUUUUCUUCUGCAACCGUCGUCUUCACCUCCGCCACCAUCACCAACAUGGCGCCAUCAACCUAUUUCGUACUCCUCUGCCUCUUCUCACUCGCCAACGGCGAUCCCAAGCAAAACUACAUGUACCGGAAAGAAUGGGGUUUCGUGGUACGGUGUGCGGGGGAUGGAGCUGAAGCAUCGGUGUUGGAGAUCAGCCAGGCCACCAAAACAGGUCUCCAAAGAAAAGACCAGACGAUGCAACUCCAUCCGACAGCCACAGAGCCCAUAAAGUUCGGCACUACGCACGGAGGAAGUGGCUCUCGUCCUGUUCCCCGCCUCCCGGUAUCUUCUUUCAGCUGGCCACGGGGGGCAAUGUAUUUCGGUUUCGGGGUAUCGAUGCUCCCACUGGCGAUCUCUCAUGUUGCUUGUUAUCCCAAGAUCUUAAGAAACGAUGCCCCAGAGACAGACAAGCCGCCGACCCAGCUGGCUGGCCGCCGGUCUGAUGUUGUGAUGGGAUGGGACCUGAACUCGAAAGAGGAACCUACGCAGUAUCCAGUAUCCACGAGCAAGGGCCCGCGGCUGGUGGGCCACCUGCCGGCCUGUGUUUUGAGUUGCGGUUGCUUGACAGCCAUUGACAACGACAACAAACCAAAACAACAACACACAAAAAAAAGCAAAACAAACACAACGUUGAGAUCGAUCUUCGCCGGCAGGCCCGUCACAAACAUCAUUGCCUGGCUGUUGUUAGGUGAUACCGCAGGACACGUCGUUUCAACAUGCGCAUGCCAUGUCCUUGAGACAGACCGAGAUGGAUUACCUAUUGGCCUUGAUGCCCUGGUCCUUGCCGACAAGCUCGGUGGUUAUCAACAAUCAAACAUCACUCCAGCCUCACCCCCACCGACUCAAUACCUACCUUAG